AUGGCGACCCACGACGCCGACCCGCGCAACGUCGACUCAGACGACGUCGAAAAGAGCUCCCGCGCCCCCAGCUCCUCGCGCCCACUAAUCGAUUCCGCGCGAAACGAGUGGCAAUCGCACUCGCACUCGCACAUCGCCCACCCCCCUUCCUCCAAUGAUGCCCACAACACCCCGCAAGGGAUGCAAAUGAUCCAGUCCCUAGCGUCGGCCCCGCGAUUCCGACGCUACGUGAUUAUCUACCCUGCCAUACUCUUUCUGGGGCUACUCGGAUGGUGGAUAGCCGUGACGCCACGACUGCAAGAGCAGCGCUCGUUGCUCUUCUCGCUAGACCCGGCCUCUAAGGACAAAUUUGGGGGCUGGUUCGGGACGAACUCGCCGCCUCGGUUUGACUAUCUCAUCCAGAUCCGUAACCUGGAUCAGGCACUGGUGCCUUUGGCUUUGCCGGAGGGAGAUAAAGAUCAAUCGCAACGCCGGCGACGCUUGAUUGUUAUUGGCGACGUGCAUGGGUGCAAAGAUGAGCUGCUCCAGCUUCUUAAAAAGGUCUCCUUCGCCCCGGCAGAUGGCGACCAUCUCAUCUUCGCAGGUGAUCUAAUUAGCAAGGGUCCCGAUAGUCCCGGAGUCGUGGAUCUAGCCCGCAAGCACUCAGCCUCAUGUGUGCGCGGGAAUCACGAGGACCGCUCUCUUCUCUUGCGGCACCAGCUGGUGGCCUCUAAUACCCUCGACAAAGAGGAUGCGGAUGACGGGUCUUUUACGGCAAAGGAGCAGCGCGAGCGCGCUCUCGCUCGGUCCCUGAACGAGGAACAAGCCCGCUGGCUGGAGACAUGUCCAGUCAUCCUUGAUGUGGGUUCGAUUCCCGGCAUGGGCCACGUAGUCGUCGCGCAUGCUGGUCUGGUCCCGGGUGUCGAGCUCGAGAAGCAGGACCCGGCUACCGUGAUGAAUAUGCGGGUCAUUGAUCUGGACACGCAUGUGCCGAGCUGGGAUGGCAAGGGAGUGAAAUGGGUCAAGAUUUUCAACAAGCACCAGUCACUUAUCGCCUCAAAGAAUAAGGCUUCCUCCGACAAUGUCUCCCAGACUAUGACUGUCAUUUAUGGCCACGAUGCUGAUUCAUCCCUCUCUAUUCGCCCAUACACCAAAGGGCUGGACUCUGGGUGUGUGAAGGGCGGCAAGCUGACCGCAAUGAUCAUCGAGGACGGCGGGAAACAAAAUAUUGUGCAAGUCAAGUGUCGUGACUAUCGCAAAGAGAAGUAG